AUGGCCGAUUCCGGUCCCGGCUCUGCGCCUCCUGAGACGGAGGAGAUUGACCUCUAUGAACUUCUCGGCGUUGAGAAAAAUGCCAGCCCCGACCAGAUCAAGAAAGCCUACAGAAAGGCUGCGCUGCAACAUCACCCCGACAAGGUUCCCGAAGACCGUCGAGAUGAGUCCGAGGUCAAGUUCAAGGCCGUGACGCAGGCUUACGAAAUUCUUCGAGACGAAGAGAAGAGGCAAAUCUACGAUGCCGGUGGCAUGGCCGCCCUUCGCGGAGGCCCCGGCGGCCCUGGUGGGCCUGACCUGGAGGAUAUCCUGUCCCAGAUGUUCGGUUUCGGCUUUGGCGGCGGUGGCGGCCCCGGUGGAAGGGGCCCACCCGGACAGCGACGACCCCGGCGCGGACCGGAUGAGGAGCAGGAAUACACCGUCAGUCUGGAAGAGCUCUACAAGGGAAAGACGGUCAAGUUCUCCGCCAACAAGCAGAUCGUCUGUGCCCAGUGCAAGGGUACGGGUGGCAAGGAGAAGGUCAAGCCGCAACAAUGUGAGCAGUGCAAGGGCCAAGGUGUUGUCGAAGGCCUUCGACAGGUUGGCCCAGGCCUCCUCACCCGCGAGAUCAUGCCUUGUGAUCACUGCAAGGGCUCCGGUAACUUUUUCAAGGAGAAGGACCGAUGCAAGAAGUGCAAGGGCAAGCGCACGACCCAAGAGACCAAAGUUCUAGAGAUCUACAUUCCCCGAGGCUCCAUGCAAGGAGAGCGGAUCAUCCUUGAAGGAGAGGCAGAUCAGUUCCCUGACCAGACGCCCGGAGAUAUCGUGUUUACCCUAGUAGAGGAACCUCAUGACGUAUUCUCCAGGGUUGGUGCGGACUUGUCCGCAGAACUCAAGGUCACGGUCGCGGAAGCUCUCUGCGGCUUCUCCCGCACAAUCCUUACUCACCUUGACGGCCGUGGUAUCCAUAUUACCCGCGAGCAGGGUAACAUUCUUCGACCUGGAGAGAUUCUCAAGAUACCCGGAGAAGGUAUGCCACAAAAGCGAGGCGACGACAAGGGCGACCUCUACCUAAUCGCCGCUAUCGAUUUCCCCGAGGAUGGCUGGCUUCAAAAGGAAGCCGACUAUGACGCCCUCAAGAAGCUUCUUCCCGGGCCUGCCCCGCCUAUCGUGGCCACUGAGGUCGACGAGGUGGAUUACGAGGAUGGCGCUGAUCUAGAGGAUAUGGGAGCACGUUCUGGUGACCCUCGCGCGGGUCACGCUUGGGAAGACGUGGAGGACGACGGUGCCCAAGCGCAGUGCCAGACUCAAUAA